AUGUUUGUUUUAGGUAAUGGAUAUUACAGUCACGAAGGAUACUUCGAGUGUGCGACGUGCAGAAGGUCGUACAAGACGAAGGGUUCGUUGGUGCGACACAUCAAGUUCGAAUGUAACAAGGAGAAGAUGUUCCAAUGCUCGCUGUGCUCGAGCAAGUUCACUAGGAACACGACGCUCGUCGGACACAUGCUCAAAGUCCACAACUGCUGGGGCGAGAGGAAGACGUUCCCUUGUAAAUUAUGUGGCAAAACGUACUUGCACAAGCCCAGCCUCUACAGACACUACCGUUACGAGUGCAACAAGAAGAGGACCUUCAAAUAUACGGAAUGGGAGAAGGUCAAGUGCAGAAGGUGCAAGAAACGAUUCGCGGGCGACAUCAACAGAAUGAACAACUUCUGCAACGUCUGCAAUCGGAAGCGAAAGUUCAAGUGUCCUUAUUGCAGUUACGCCGGGUUCAGGACGUCCCAUGUUCAAAGGCACGUGCAGAAUCUGCACUACAAGGAGUAUUUUAGACUGUCUGUUGCAAGGGAAAAGUACUGCUGCGAUCGCUGCGGAAAGUCUUACUCCUACAAGAGCAACUUGUGCAGACAUCGAAGGAUCGAGUGCCAGAAGACGAAACGCAACAUCUGCCCGUACUGCAACUACGCCGCGUAUCACAAGCACGUGAUGGACAAGCACAUAAAACGGAAGCACUACCGCGUGUUACACUUAAUCAGGGUGAAGUAUCCGUGCGACAAGUGCGGCAGAUCGUACUUCCACAGGAGCAACCUGUACAGACACAGGAACGUGGAAUGCUGCAAGGAGAAACGCAACAUCUGUCCUUACUGCAAUUACGCCUGUUACCACAAGCACAUCCUCAACUCGCACAUCGCCAACAAGCACAACAUCUCGGUCUAUCACUGA